CCAAUACUUUGCCCGUAAAAGUUACAACUACGAAAGAUAAGAUAACUAUUUACCAAAACAAAGCAACUAAGAGAUAGGAAAAAGAAUUAUUUUGUACCAAAAUUACUUUAAAUAUGUUUCAUUAACAAAUUGUUGAACUUCGCGUUCGUCGUGUUUUGGUUUGAAUUAUUUUUUUCGUAAACUGUUCUUCAAAAUGGUUUUGGUGAUACUUUUAAUUUCAUUAACCACUAUUAUCAGUGUUUUCUUGUAUUUAAAAUUUGCUCGGAUGCUUCAACUGGGAAAGGCAUUUAAGGGUCCGCUAAAUCUGCCACUUUUUGGUCAUGGUCUUCAUUUAAUUGGAAAAUCACCCCACGAGUAUCUUCUUAUGCUGACCGAUUACAUUAAGAUCUAUGGCAAUACUUUCAAGGUAUGGAUGGGUCCUGAAUUGAAUAUUCUUACAAUUGAUUUGAAGGACAUUGAAGUUGUGUUGGGAACAACGAAAUUCAAUGACAAGGCUACAUUGUACAAGACUAUGAUACCUUGGUUAAAUGAGGGAUUGCUUAUUAGCAGAGGUAAAAAAUGGUUUAAACGGCGAAAGAUUAUCACACCGGCAUUUCACUUCAAGAUAUUGGAACAAUUUAUUGAAGUUUUCGAUCAGGGUGGCAUCAAAUUGGUAGAACAGCUGAGAACACAAAUCGAUAAGGAAGCAUUUGAUUUUUAUUCUUUUGUGAGCACCUGUACCCUGGACAUUAUAUGUGGUAAAUAUGAGUGUAACACUUUAAUAUAAAACGUCUUGGAAACCAUCAAAUUAUAUCAAUCGAAGUGCAGGGUACUUCAUUUUUUGUUUUCGAAAGUAAAGAUAGAUAAAAUAUACACAUUUCAUCACAAGGUUUUGACUCUGCCAUUAGAUAAAGUCAGAACUAAUACUUUUCAUCACUCUGAGGAAACACUUACACGAUUUAGAGUUUAGACGAAAACUAACAUAUUCCUCAUACAAUUGUCAAAAUUUUCUUAACCUUAAUCAAACGAUUUAUUUAAUAUUUAUCAAUUUUUUUAUUUAUGUUAUAUGUUAUUUUAUUUUCGCCUAGAACUCUGAAU